AGCAGACUGUUCGUCAAGGUGCAUUCAGUGGGUGAAUCCUGUAAAAUGAGCAAUAUAUGACGGUUCAUUGUUUCAAUUUGUUUUUCCUUUUAUAGAGUCUAUUUCUGUUUAGACUGCAGUUUUCGUUUGUUUUAUAUUUUUUUGAUCCUCGUCAACACUACAUAGCCAGCUCCGGGUUAAGCCACACCCACCAUUAGCAUUCCACCAUCUUUUCACCUGUUGGAAACCGCAGAAGAAAAAUGAGCUUACCGGAUGUUAAAUCCAACAAACCUGCGGCCACCGCUCCGAUUUCUACUGUGGUGCAGUUAAAUGUCGGCGGUCACUUGUUCUGCACUUCUCUGAACACACUCAGGAAACAUCCCAGCUCCAAACUAGCAGAGCUCUUCAGUGGAGAACGCAAACCCUGCGCCGACACACAGGGGCGCUAUUUCAUCGAUAGAGAUGGCUCCAAUUUUGGAGCCGUUCUGGAGUUUUUGAGAUCAGAGAGGCUGCCAUCAGAGAACAUCCAGGAGAUUCACAGAGAAGCAGUUUAUUAUAACAUCAAACCUCUCAUCAAACAACUGGAGGAAACCCCUCCGAUGUUUGGAGAGUUGGUGGGUCGACAGCAGUUCCUCUCCAGGGUCCCACACUACAGAGAAAACAUUGAGGUUCUGGUUCGUGUUGCCCGAGCUGAGGCCAUUGCCGUUCGUCGCUCUACUGUCAUGAUCUGUGUGCUGAGGAGAGAGGAGGAUCUGAGUUUGUACGAAGAUGCCAUCAACAGCCUGGAUGCUGAGAAGGAGUCGGUGGUGACCUUUGGUCCCUGGAAGGCUGCCGUCUCUGUCCGAGACCUCCUGGACUGUGUUAAGAUGGACAUUGAGAGUCAGGGCUACAAGGUGGACAUCCAGCCUCACAUCAGGGAGAAGAGUUUUCUGUCCAAGAGCUACGAUUUCUUCUAUGAAGUCAGUUUCAGCUGGUGGUGAUCGAAUGAGCUGAAGUUUCCAACACACCAAGAAAUGAAGUAGGGAAACACAUCAACAGAUGUAGUAAAUAUACGUAGCUCAUCUUUGACAAACAUUUUAGGACAAGAAACAUUUCAGAUUAUAUUCUCUCAGAUCAAUGAUAAAUUUGAAUCACAUAAUAAAAGCAUAUAAGACAUAUUGAGUAAAUAAUUAAAUGAAUAAUUAAAAAUAUGAGGAAAAAAUCAGGAUAUUUUGACUGUAUGGUGCUUUCAAAGAUGUUGAACAUUUAUAAGAAUAAAAUAUUUACAGCAGAACUGCCAUGUUUAGUCAUUAACAUAUAACAAAAUUGUAAU